UUAUAAUUAUCAUUUUGAAGUAUUCGAAAGAAAUUAUAUGUAAAUAUUUUAAUAGAAUUUGAAAUUUUCUAAAGCAAUUUUUGAUGAUGAUCCUGUGAUUAAUAAUAAUAAUAAUAACAAAUGGAUUUAGAAUCAUUCACCCCUUAAUAUUCACCUGUCGUUUACCCUGUUGAAAAUGAUGAACAAUCAUUUGAGGCUUCACAAUAUUUUAUUCAAAAUAGCAUUCAUGAAUAAAACAGUUUAGGAGCAACUUAAGCUAAAACUUAGUCGAUGGUUUAUCAAUCAAAAGAUCUGAAAUAUAAAAAUUUUCCAAAACUAAUUGGUAAUAAUUUUUUGAAAUGGGUAAGAAAGUAAGUUGAUGAGAAAAAAAUGGGAUAAAUUCCUAAAGGAAUUGAGGAUUUAAUUAAAUCAAGGCAGAAAUGCCGCCAACCAAAUUUUACGAUUAAAGAUCUCUAAAAAUUAUGCCAUGAUUAAGAUUCUUAAAAGAUUUUUCAAGAGUUCAUGUAAUAUUAAUUGUUUUUGGAUUUAUUCCACAGCAAUAAAAUCGCAGAUCCCGUCUCUUAUAUCCCAGGGAUUAGUAACUAUUAUUAAGCAGCGGAAGAGCCUGAUAAGAUGAAGAGUAAUUAUUUAACCAGAAAUUAAUUUACAUAAGCUUCCAAAUAAAACUGAAUUAUAUA